AUGGCAAGUCCAGAGUGGCCCCCAGGAGCCACUGGUGACCCAGAAAUCAUGGGAUCCGGAUCUGGGGUCGAUUCAUCGACACCCACCCAGGAACCGCUACGGCUGCCUCAAACCACCCCUGCACCGAUUAUAGGACUUGGUGACAGCCAGGAACAGUCCAACGAACCAACUCUGGAUAACUGCGACACUAUACACGCGAUACAACAGGCUGGAGAAUCCCAACAGGCUCCAGGAAUAACCAUCGAGAAAAGGAAGGCCUCUAGGCUGACUAGGUCUGGAUUGAGCGCGGCUCCAAAGAAAAAGAUUACACUUGCCGCAAUGCGUGCAGUGAGCGCUCCUGCAGAGGAUAGCCUCGUGAUGAGCCUGAUCGAGGACCUGAGGAGCCAGAUGCAAGAGGUGGUCGACCAGCUCUCUGUCGAACUUACAACCGCUAAGAACGUGAUCAACACGCAGUAG